AGUAACCGCUCUGCUCCCUCCGGAUCGAUCUCCCUCCCUCUCUUCUUGUUUUAUUCUCCCUUCCAAAUUUCCUUGCGAUUUGAUUUGAACUGCUGCUAGUUAUACUGUGCUCUCAAAUUUAGAUUCUGUCUUGGCACUCCAUCAUUCUAAAUUUUCCAAAUACUAUAGAGAUUAGAGACCGUAAUUAAAUCUCUGUUUUCAUUUCUGUAUCUGUGAUAGAGAGUGUGAUGGAGGGUUUACCUACCACCACCAAAACUGAGCGACGUUCGAGAUCCAAGAAUCUACACACUUCCAAGCCUUCUUUGGUCAUGGCUUUUUUCUCUUGCGUCGCUUGGCUUUACGUUGCUGGACGGUUGUGGCAAGAUGCAGAGAACAGAAAAUUGCUUGCUAAUCUUCUUAAGAGGAACAUUGAACAGGUUUCUUUCUGCGAUGUUUUCAUUUGGACUCAGAAGCCAAACAAAUUCUCCUUGUUUGAUCCUAUUUCCUCUGUUUCUAUUGUUGAAACCAAAGGUUCUUACCAUUGAAGAUAAGCUAAUAGUCUUAGGAUGCAAGGAUCUAGAGAGGAGGAUUGUAGAAGUUGAGAUGGAUUUGACAUUAGCUAAGAGUCAAGGCUACCUCAAGCACCAGUUGCCACAAAGUGAGUCUUCUUCACAACGAAAGCUUCUAGCAGUUAUUGGAGUUUAUACUGGAUUUGGUAGUUACUUGAAACGAAAUACAUUUAGAGGUUCUUGGAUGCCUAGAGGCGAUGCUUUAAAAAAACUCGAGGAAAGAGGAGUAGUGAUACGAUUUGUGAUUGGUCGAAGUUUCAUUCCUUUGCUAUUAUGCAAGUGGUGGGCACUAAUGGGAUUAACUACUUUGAAAUUGGUAGUGCUAAUCGAGGAGAUAGCUUGGAUCGUCAUAUUGAUGAGGAAAAUAGAGGGUCAUGAGGAGGCUCAAGAGGAGCUACCUAAAAAGAUAAAAUUCUUCUUCAGUACUGCAGUUCAAAAUUGGGAUGCCGAAUUUUACAUUAAAGUUGAUGAUAAUAUUGGCGUUGACCUAGAGGGGUUGAUUGGACUUCUUGAACAUCGACGUCGCCAAGAUAGUGCUUAUAUUGGAUGCAUGAAGUCAGGAGAAGUGGUUUCUGAAGAGGGAAAGCUUUGGUAUGAACCUGAUUGGUGGAAAUUUGGGGAUGAGAAAUCGUAUUUCAGGCAUGCAUCUGGUUCACUUCUUAUACUCUCCAAAAAUCUUGCUCAAUAUAUCAACACAAAUAGUGCAUCUUUGAAGACUUAUGCUCAUGAUGAUAUAUCAGUGGGAUCUUGGAUGAUGGGUGUCCAGGCAAUUUAUAUAGAUGAUAACCGUCUUUGCUGCAGUAGCAUUAAACAAGAUAAGGUGUGUUCUGUGGCUUGAGAGAACAUGGCUAACUCUGUUCAUCAGUUUAAAGGCAGCUAUUUUGUGGGUUGUCCGUCAGUAUUGCACUGAGAGAGGUUUUAGUGUCUAAUAUUGCUUUUCGCCACAUCAUGCAAACAUUUUUUUCUGGAUACAGCAGCAGUGAUGAAUUUCUGGGAGCAUUCAGUGGAUCAUUCAUUUAUAUUUUAGAUGUAGAUAUCUAUAUAACAUUCCUUUUAGAGGAUGAACCACAGAUUAAUCUGCAUUUGGUGACUACUGGUUGGUUGGACAGAGGAUUUUGUUUGAUUAGUUUUAUCAAGUUCAGUAGCCAUUUUCAUCAGUUGCUUAGAUGUAAUACCUUGAAUAUUUGUUCCCAUCGAAGAUAACAGUGCGGUAAUGUCAAAAGGUCAAUUAAAAACCUGGAUUUUGCAUUUA